GAAGAAGAUGUUGCUUAUUUGCAAAAUUGCAAUUGCUUGUUGUUUUUAACGUUAAUAAAUAGGAAAUUUCCGCUCAACACAAGCCGGAAAAUGUCGGAAGAAGCAGCUAGCACCUCGGCCUUUGGCUUUAAGAAGCGUACCAUAAAAAAAGGAGCCGCCAUGCGUCGCAAAAAGGAAAGCAGCAGCAGCAACGAAUCAGCCAAAAGCAGCGAUGAGGAUGCCAAGGGCAAAGCCAGUGCCUUAGUGCGUGCAGAAAAUCGCAGAAAGCGCACGAACCCUAACUUUCAGAGCACAAAGACAUUAAACAAAGCAAAGCGCCAGGCGGGAGCACCCGAUGAAGACGCCACAUCUUCCGCCUCCGAUGAUGACAAACUAGGUAUUGCAUACAAAUCUAAGCGAGAGGCGCUUCCCAGUGGGCCACAGGACCAGGGAGCCACGUCCAUUAAUGAAAUGGAUACAGAAUUAGACCGCGAUGCCCAGGCGAUCCAUGCACGUGCCCUGAAAAUCAACGAGGAACUUGAGGGCAAGGCGGAUGAUAAGAUAUAUCGCGGAAUUAACAACUAUGCGCAGUACUACAAGAAGCAGGACACGGCAGCGGGAAAUGCCAGUUCGGGGAUGGUGCGAAGUGGUCCAAUAAGAGCUCCUGCUCAUUUGAGAGCCACUGUGAGGUGGGAUUACCAGCCGGAUAUCUGCAAGGAUUACAAGGAAACGGGGUAUUGCGGAUUCGGAGACAGCUGCAAGUUUCUACACGAUCGCAGUGAUUAUAAGGCUGGAUGGCAGCUUGAAAUGGAUCACGAGAAUCAGCGAAGGGGAGAUGCCGAUUCCGACGGGGAUGAUGGUAAAUACGAGAUUCACUCGGACGAGGAAUCACUGCCUUUUAAGUGCCACAUCUGCCGACAAAGUUUUGUCAAUCCCGUGGUAACAAAAUGCAAACACUAUUUCUGUGAAAAGUGUGCCUUGGCCCAGUACAAAAAAUCGCAGCGCUGCAUAAUCUGCUCCCAGCAAACCAAUGGCAUUUUCAAUCCCGCCAAAGAGCUGAUAGCUCGUCUUAAGACAAUACCCAUGGAAAACUCCGAUAGCGAUGAGGAGCACCUCGGAGCGACGGAAAAGAACGACGAGGAGGAGGUUGAGGCUCAGGAGAUUUCUUCCGCCGAGAGUGAUUAAAGUUGAAUAAAUACCACAGUUUUUAAUUCCUGUUUAGAGGGCGUUAGUACGAUUAUGCCACUGCCAACUACUGAAGGAACAUUCAUAGUUAAGGUGGUAAGAAACUUUUAAAAUGUUUUCUAAGAAUUGAAAUGAAAAUUGAAAUUGUAAGAAACUUUUAAAAUGAUUUCUACGAAUUGUAAUGAAAAUUGAACUACCAACGAACGAUGGCAAUAUGCGAAUAGCUUCUGGGUGUAUUACAUAUCUUUUGACAUGUAAAAAGUAAAGUUUUAAAGCUUUAUCAGCGAUAGAUGGCGCUCUCAAGAUAAUAAAUGCAGUAGACCCUACAUUUUAAAAUAAUGAAACCUGAAAGCUUGUUUAAAAAUAUAUAACAUUGAAUUUUACGUUAACAUA